AUGAAUUCAGAGCCGGAUCAGCUUUCGACAGAGGCUUCAAACUACGUUCCACCGCCAGUGCCAUUGGUACCGUGCCUGGCCGUUGCCCCGCCAAUCUGGGGGUUCCAGCAAUGGCUGCAAGUGGCGCCGGGAAUGUGGUGUGGAAUGUAUGUCGAGCCUUCAGUAUGUUUUCCUGCAGGCUUCUCUUCCGUUCCUAUGUUCAGCGUGCCGAAGAUGGACUCUUUUCCGGCACCUUGCCUCAUCACGAGCGAUGAGAGUGGAAGCACGGACAUCACGGACCAGGAUGAAUUCGCGGGCUUGGAUGCAGGGACGGCAUCGAGCACCACUUGCGAGGACUGCCCGGAAGAUGAAGAGAGCGAUGCUGUUGAGCUCCGAGGGCUGCCUUUUUCGACAACCCUGGAGGAUAUUCGGGGGUUUCUCAAGGAGCAUGCUGCUCAGUUGGCAGAUGCUGGAAUUGUCCUCAGCGUCAUGAGGGAUGGGCGCCCCUCCGGCUUGGCCAACGUCCACUUUCGCACGAAGGAGGCCUCGCUUCGCGCCAUUGAUGCGCUCCACAUGCAAGAACUUGGCGGCCGGUACAUCGAGGUGGGAUUCCGGGCGGAAAGCCUGCAGGCACGAAGGCAAAAAGCUCGAGGAACAGCAGCUGAACGUGAGGAAUCGCCGGUGACGCCGCGCUGCAAAACGCCUGCCUUUAUUCUGAGGACGCCUUCGCCGCCGCGAUUCUGGAAGCAGGAGUCUAACCAAGACGCAUCCUCCUUUCUCGGAGCCAUGAAAGCGACAGGAGGAGAAUUUAUGGUGCCGGAAAUGUACGUGAAGGUGCAGCUGAAGCACUAUCACUCGUCUCCUAGCAAGACUCGGGGUCGAUGUCACUUGAGUCAGCUGCUGUCCCAGAGGAGCGAGUUGCGUCGUGACGGAGCAUUUGGCUCUGACAGGUAG